UCUCUCCUCAGAUAUUCUCUCUCCUCAGAUUUCUUCAGAUUUUCUCUCUCGUUUGGUUUUCUCUCUCCUCAUAACUUCUUCGCACUACUUCGAUAUUUGUUCUGUGUAAUCUUCUCGGUUGAAUUUAGCAAUGGGAAAGAAGACGAUCGGUAAUCGGAAUUUUCCAAAACGUAGAGGUUUGCGUUCAUCUCUUGGUGAUCGUGCAAAGGAAUCGGAGGUUACUGGUGUUACUGGAACUUCUCAUACUGAUGAGCACGUUGGACAUCAGGAUGAAAGAAGUGAUGCUUCUAAUCCUGGUAAAGUUCCUGGUAAUGAAGGAACUGAUGUUGGUAAACCUGUUGUAACAAAAGAACUAGCAAAAAGCAAGAAGAGGGUAAAAGGUGUAGCGUAGAAAGGUACCUUGCAAGCUAUGAAGAAGAGGAAAAUAUCCACUGAUGCUCAAGGAAAGUGUAACACCCUCGCCGACCCGAACCCUUUUUCAUUCGAUAAAGCUCGGGUUUGAGGGAGAAAAUAAAUCCACGAGGGUUCGACUCGAUGGGUGGUGCUACCGCUGCUUAUCACUUUGGAAAUAAAUGCAAGGCUAAGUUACAUCACACCAACUCAAAUUCAUUAAUCAUUACAACUAAGUAAAUUGUUCAUUAAACAUUACUAAUUAAUUAAGUGUUUCAGAGUUCCAGCGGAAGCUAAUCAUAUGUUAAGUGGAUGACAACUCUAAGUGAUCUCCCUUUUGUU